CGGCUACACCAAGAGUUGUGCACGUCGGCCACCUACUAGUUUUCGCUAGCCACACAUUCAUCAAGAAGGAAGCAGUCGUCCCUGUUGAUAACUCCGACGACCAAUUGGCUAUCCCCAGCUCGUGCUUCAAGUGACACGCAUCCUACUAACAGACGUGGUUCUGCUUCAAACCACUCACUUGGAAGACCACGUAACUGUCAAGUUUAAAAGAUGGCAGAAAGCCAGCCUCACGGCCCAGCGAUGGUCUGGUGCCACAAGGUUGAAGAGAAAUCUACGAAGAAAAUCAGAGUGCCAGGAAUUGAACAAGGCAGCCGCAUAUACACUGUGUCCAAAAAGCCAUUCCCAAUUACGAUGUUGAGCGGGGACGAGUUCCUCAGCGCAUGGUGGCAAGCAGUACUCUGUCAUUAUGCCCUCUGGAAGAACGAUGUCCAUCACCGUGACGUCAGUCCAAAUAAUCUCAUGGUGUACAAGUUAAAUGGCAAAUGGAUUGGGGUCCUCAAUGACUACGACUUAUCAUCGACUCUACACGAGGGGCCUACCGGCAACGAACGCACAGGAACCGUACCAUUCAUGGCACUUGACCUGCUCGAGAAAGACGCCAUCGAUGGCAAUGUCUCACACUUGUACCGGCACGAUGCUGAAUCGUUCAUCUGGGUCCUCGUCUGGAUCUGUCUUCGCUAUAGUGGCGGCAAGCUCCUGCAUCUGAGGGAGGGCAGAUUGCUCGACGACUGGCUCAAAGUGGACGUAAUUAGAUGCAGGCAGAUAAAGUCUGACUUUCAGCGACAGUUCCGGAGUGAGAAACUUGACCCCAAGGUCGAACCCUCGUUAUCGCACAAAUCUACUAGCUGGAAGCUUGCGAGAAAAUGCCUUCAUACACUCUAUCAUUCCCCCCCGGAUACAGACGAAAAAACUACAUUCGAGGAAUGGCUCCAGGCGAACAUGGAGUCUGUCGCUCCAAACUUACUUCCUGGUUCUGUCGACGUGUUAUAAUUACAAGCCGUCUUGUUCCAGUGUUAUUUGCCAUGUCAAUACGUCCUUUGGAGAUCGCAUUCAAAUUGUCACUUAGAUCAUAG